UGUUCUUUGAAUUGUGGAAUUGCUUGUAAAAUAUUAUUUUGACAUGGAAACAGCUUUUAACUCAGAAAUGAACAGUUCCAAAUUAAACAGCAGUGAUGCAUCCAAAAUUUGUGGAUACUGUAAAAAGUCAUUUUCCCGGCAAAGUACUUUGCGAAAGCACAUUAUGAUCAUUCAUACAAAAGACGCACCCUUUGCUUGUGAUUCAUGUGACAAAGUGUACUGUUAUGAAAGUGACUUGAAAGCCCAUCAGGUAUCACAUUCCGGAGUGAAGCAGUAUUCUUGCGAUAUUUGUGGGCAUUCCUUUGUUCAUGAGAAAAGUUUGUACACGCAUUUGAGGACUCACACCGGGGAGAAACCUUAUUCUUGCGAGUACUGCCAAAAGACUUUUGCAGUGAGUGGAAAUUUGGGCAUUCACAGGAAAAUCCACACUGGAGAAAAGCCUUUUGCCUGCGAUCAAUGUGAUAGAGCAUAUCUGACAAAGAGAAGCCUUGAAAUACAUAUGAGUACUCAUACUGGAGGAAGGCCCUUUCCUUGCGAACAAUGUGGGAAGGCAUUUCCUGUACUCGAAAGUCUGAAGAAACAUAUGCGGCGUCAUGCUAGGAAUAAAAUGUAUUCUUGUAAUCAUUGUAUGAAAGAAUAUAGUACGAAUGAAAGUUUAAAAAGGCAUUUGAAAAUUCACGAAAGAGAAACACUUGAUUCUAAUGAAUGCUGUGACAAGACAAGUAUUAAAAAGCCUUUUCCUUGCAACAGCUGUGGAAAAGCAUUUUGGGAAAUGGGAAUAUUAAAAAAGCAUAUUAGAAUUCAUACUGGAGAAAAGGCAUUUUCUUGUCAAUACUGUGAAAAAGCAUUUACCCAAAAGACAAAUAUGCUAAGACAUCUAAGAGUUCAUACCAAAGAAAGACCGUUCACUUGCGAAUAUUGUGAUGCAUCAUUCGCUCAGCAUGGAGCUUUAAAGAAUCAUGUAAAAACCCAUAGUGGAGAGAGACCCUACGCCUGUACCUAUUGUGAACGAACUUUUGCUAGAAAAGACAAUUUAGGUGUGCAUUUGAGAACUCACAGCAAUAGUGAAACUGUAAAACUAUUGGAACCGCUCUAACUGUUGUGCAAAUCUUAUGUUCAGAAUCGCAAGUUCGAAAAAACCUUUAAAUACUAAGAAAAAACAGACUGCAUGAAUUGAUAGUUUUUAAGGUCCAUGUUACUAGAUUUAAGACGUUUCAUUUUGUACUGAUAUAUUGUUCAGUUUUUUGAUAAAAGUUGAAGCUGUGUGCUUUAUUGUAGGCUAGCUACUAUUUUAUUUUUAAGUAAUUAAAAAUUUUAUG